AUGGAAGCAUUCCAGCAUCAGCUGCUCACUAUUAUUGGGGGUCUGGUCUGUGUCUGUACUCUGGUAAAGUGCAUCAGAUUUAUGAAAUAUAUUUUGCCACAUAGCUGGAGUGCCUUGCCUCAGACUUUCUUUCGAUCGCUGGGAGAAUGGGCAGUGGUCACAGGAGCCGGAGAUGGGCUUGGAAAAGCGUAUUCAUUUGAGCUGGCAAAACGUGGAUUAAAUAUAGUUAUGAUAAGCAGAACUCUUGAAAAACUGCAGAGAGUAGCCUCUGAAGUUGAGCAGGCUACAGGUCAAAAGGUGAAGGUUAUACAAGCUGAUUUCACUAGAAAUUCAGUGUACGAGAACAUUGAAAAAGGUCUGCAAGGCUUGGAUAUUGGCGUCCUGGUUAACAAUGUUGGAAUGCUUCAUAGUCCUCUUCCGUGCCGUUUCCUCAAUGGACCAGACAUAGAUGAGAACCUCGUCAACUGCAACAUUAUUUCUGUUACAAAGAUGACAAAAAUAAUUUUGAAACAAAUGGAACCAAGACAAAAAGGUCUUAUUCUGAAUCUGUCCUCUGGUCUGGGUACUUUCCCUUGUCCAUUAUACACAAUGUACUCAGCUUCUAAGGCUUUUAUAAGCACUUUCUCCAAAGCACUACAAGCAGAGUAUAAGACAAAGGGAAUUAUCAUACAGGUAGUGGCUCCUUACGGUGUUUCUACUCCAAUGACAAUGUACCAAAAGCCUGGUCUUAUUACAAAGACAGCAGAAGAGUUUGUUAGUGAAUCACUGGAUUAUGUCACCUUUGGAGAUGAGAUUUUUGGAUGUUUAGCCCAUGAGAUGCUGCUGAACUUGGACCUGGUUGAUGAGGAAACAGAAACAGAGGGGAAAGAUGGUGGAACUUUUUCCCAGCACUCCCUGCCUGGGGAGAAGAUUGCCUUGACCCGGCUGCGGGACCUUGCAUUUGGCCUUGUUGAACUUCACGAUGUUCACAUUAGCGCACCCCUUAAGCCUGUCAAGGUCCCUCUGGAUGGCAUCCCUUCCCUCAAGCAUGUCAGCUGCAGCACUCAUCCUGAUGUCAUCUGCAUAUUUGCUGAGGGUACACUCAAUCCCAAUGUCUACGUCAUUGAUGAAGACAUGGAACAAUACCAGUCUAAAGCUAGACAGGACACUUCAGCAUUCCACGAUCCCUUCAGCUAG